AUGGAGAAGCAGCUUGAUGAAACUGGUUACUAUAUACUUGUACAUUUCAAGAGGGGAACCAGCGCGAACGGGAGCUCAAAGGACAAGAUCACCGAGGCAAUGAUGAUUAACUUUCCGGCUCCAGCAGAACCACCAAUGAGAGAAACGAUUAGACUCGGGAUUAUAGCUAAACAUCGUGUUAUGCUCUGCCUCAAGCUUGGACCAUGGCCACCGCGUGCUACCGCCGAUCUUACUGUCAUCGGUGAGGGUCUCUGCUACGCAAACCUUGCCGCAAAUCUCGAACAGCCGCCGAACUCAACCACCACCUUGUCUCAUGAUACAUUAGCCAUGAAUUCAAACGGCCAACGGUUUGCUUAUGGCCUUGGUAGCUCUUUGGCCAACAAUCAUUCCUUGACAAUUCUAUAUAGCGACUUCAAUCACCACCCUUUUGCCAACUCCUCGAAUGCCUGGACCCUAUCAUGGUUAUUCUGCGAAUUCUCGAAGAGAUCUAAACCUUAUGCUUUGGUUGUAAAGCAAUCCUCAAUCGACUACAUCACCAUAGUCUUCCGAAUCUUUGUUGUCGCGCUACUUUGGGUAGUUCAUCUUGCUCCGGCGAGAAUCAAUGCAUCGAUUCUUUCAUCAACGUCACAAAGUCUCAUGACCGUGACCAUUCUUUCGUCCUUCGAAUCUUUCGAGGAUGAUCUCUCGAUUAACCAUGAUCUCACAUGUGUCAAUGUGCUCCCAAGCUCUUGCCUCACAGCUCUCUUGGUUUCAAAAUCGAUGAACUUUAUCUAUCUUCUUAUGGCAUUGGGGAAUGUCUUCUAUUGUACCGCUUUAAAAUUUGGAUCACUUAAAUCCUUUUCUUUGUACUUGUUCUUGUUUGGAUGAA